AAGUGAGAUAGUAGGAAAUGGUAUGACCGAUUUCACAGGGAAAAAAAUAAGUGAGAGAAACGAAUAGAAUACGAAGGGAUGAACAGAACGAUCGCGUCGGCGCAAGUAAAGGCAAAGAAAACAAUUAAUCGUGGGCGCGUCAAGUUUGUAUCUUUUAAAAAUAAUAAUAAUAAUACUCAUUACUGUAAUUAAUAAUAAAGUAGAUUUAUUUGUUUAUCAAAUAAUCAAUAAUAUAUAUAAAUAUAUAUAUAAAGGAGCAUACAAAGUACGGGUACAAGUUGUGUUUGUGAGACGAAAGAGUGUUGGUGUACUGGAGAGAAUAGAGGUUCAUUGUGGCGACGCGUGCAUGAAAGGCCGUUGAGAGUAAGACAGCGGGCGGUUCCCACCACGUCCUAGCAAAAGCAACAAGUGUCAGAUAAACUAAAACUUUUUUAAAAAUCAUCAAAGUAUUUAAAGUUAAGCUUUAAAAUUGUUAUAAUAAACCGACGAGGAUGGGGUGCGCUGUGAGCACCACGGGAGAAAAGGCUGCCGCCGAGAGGUCCAAAAAAAUUGACAAGGAUCUGCGUAUUGAUGGGGAACGAGCUGCCAGUGAAGUCAAACUUCUUCUACUGGGUGCGGGAGAGUCAGGUAAAUCGACGAUAGUAAAACAAAUGAAAAUAAUCCAUGAGACUGGAUACAGCCGAGAGGAAUGCGAGCAAUACAAGCCAGUGGUGUACAGCAACACCAUCCAAAGUUUGAUGGCGAUUAUUCGGGCAAUGGGACAGCUCAGAAUAAAUUUUGCUGACCCAAAUAAAGCUGAAACAGCGCGGCAAUUUUUUACCCUAGCUUCCGCGGCAGAGGAGGGCGAACUCACUGGGGAACUAGUUCUACUAAUGAAGAGAUUAUGGCAAGAUGCAGGAGUGCAGCUUUGUUUCACACGUAGUCGAGAGUAUCAACUAAAUGACUCGGCGGCGUACUAUUUAAAUGCGUUGGAUCGUAUAUCCCAACCUAAUUACGUACCGACCCAACAGGAUGUACUCAGGACGCGAGUAAAAACAACGGGAAUCGUUGAAACUUACUUUUCCUUCAAAGGAUUGCACUUCAAAAUGUUUGAUGUUGGUGGGCAACGAUCGGAGAGGAAAAAAUGGAUCCACUGUUUUGAGGGAGUGACGGCGAUAAUAUUCUGCGUUGCGUUGAGUGGGUACGACCUUGUUCUUGCCGAAGAUGAAGAAAUGAACCGUAUGAUCGAGUCGAUGAAGCUUUUUGAUUCGAUUUGUAACAGCAAGUGGUUCGUAGAUACAUCAAUAAUUCUAUUUUUAAACAAGAAGGAUCUUUUUGAGGAAAAAAUAGCAAAAAGCCCACUAUCGAUUUGUUUUUCGGAGUACAAAGGCGGCAAUACGUUUGAAGAGUGCGCUGAUUACAUACGAAUGAAGUUUGAAAACUUGAACAAACGUAAAGAUCAGAAACAAAUUUACACGCACUUUACGUGUGCCACUGAUACGUCUAACAUACAGUUCGUGUUUGACGCAGUAACUGAUGUUAUUAUUAAAAAUAAUUUAAGUAACUGUGGAUUGUUAAGUUGAACAUUUGUUAAAUCGGCUAUCAAUUGUCAGAGCUUAAUUAAUAUAAUUAAUAUUAAUAUUAAUAUUAUUAUUAUGUUUUUUUAAAUUAUUAAUAAUUACUCAUCCAAAGUCACUGAAAUUUAUUCGGGCAAUUUUUAGGCUGUUGCCAAUCGCACAAAUUUUUUUUUUAUUUUAAAAUCGAGGAAAACGAAAUAAUUGAUGAUGAGAAAAAAAUUGUGCUUAGGUAUUUUUUAUACGUAUGAAAAUAAAGUCAUAUCAUUGAUAUAACAGAAAUUGAUUAUUCAAUUGAUAAAACCAAAUUCAAAUAAAGUUUUUUUUGAUAAACGAAUAAUUAAUAAAUAAAUAAUAAUAAUUAAAGAGUAAUGAGAUUAAGAAAACCACUUUGUGGUUUAUUAUUUUGGAAUAUAAGAUAUUAUUUAUGAUAUAUAUUACUUAUAGACUUUUAAAUAAGCUAUUAAUAUUACAACGACACACAAGUGCACUUUUGUAUAUAUAUUAUAUACUUUUUGAUAAAAUGUUUUCUGCGGAUUUUUUUAGGAUAAGAUACAAAAGCCAUCAAUCACUUUACAUUUUUUUAUACGUAAUUAACUAAAUAUUUUUAUAUAAAUAUAUAAAUCUCUUUGUCCAUGACUGAACCUUUUUUGUAAUAAUGAAAAGUUUUUAAAUAACUUUGUAAUCAGUUAUAUAUUUAAAUCAUUGAUAACUUAUGGUGCGUUCCACUUGACGUUCACACGCCACGCUCACAUAUAUUUAGAUAGGAUUUUGAGGCAUAUUUUGAGCGUUGUUCACACUUUAUGGAACGCACCCUUAGUAAUUAAAAAUUUUUUACCAAUUGUUUGUACAUCGUAAUUUAUAAUUUAAAAUUUUAUAAAAGACAAUAUGUAGUAUAAUAACAAUGAACAAAUUUUUAAUGUAGAUGACUGAGAUUAAAUGAUUUUUACUGAUUAAA